UCAAGAAUUGAGAGUGGUUCAAAAUGAUAAUUGAAACGGACAAAGGUCGUUAAACCUAAAAAAACGAAAACAAAACAAUAUCUUUGAAUUCAAAGCGAAUUGAUAAUAAUUGAAAGUGGUGACUUGUGUACUCGCGUGUGAACGUGAAGUCAAAAGUGUUUGCAUUAAUUCAAAAUUCCACUAAAAAAAAAAAUGAAUAGGGAAUUUUGAAUUUGAAAGAAUGUUAGACAUGUCAAGUUGACAACUACUGCCCACAAAAUAACAAAAAAAAAAAGAAGUGAUCUUGAAUUUGGGCUAAUAAAGUGUAAAGUGUCAAAGCAAACGAUGUUAUUUUUAAAUUAAAAACAAUUAUUAGCAAACUAAUUCCAAAACAAUAAAAUACUGGACGCGAAUGAUUUGUAACUAACGAAAAAAUGACUGUCGACUUUAUAGAUUACUUUUGGGGAGAGAAAAAUCUCGGUUUCGAUGUAUUAUAUCAUAACAUGAAAUAUGGAUUGGUGGCGAGCAAAGAAUUGGCGGAUUAUUUUCGAGAAAGAUCAAACAUAGAAGAGUUAAAUUCAAAACAAAUGACGAAAUUGGCAAAACAAGCAGGAAGUAGUUGUAAUCAAGGUACAUUUGCACCUGUUUGGCAAGUUUUAAAAGCAUCGUCUGAACGUUUAGCUACAUUACAUAUGCAGAUGUUUCAAAAAGUCUCCGAACUUGUUAAAGAUGUCUCCAAAUAUGCAGAUGAUUUACAGAAAAAAUAUAAAGUUGUCAAAGAAAAUGAAUCAAGUACUCUUGAAGUGGUACAAUCGAUACAAUCCACAACACUAAUAUUACAAAAAGCAAAAGAUUUGUAUGUACAAAAAAGUUUAGAACUAGAACGAUUACGUCGUGAAAAUGGCUCUGCAAAAGAUAUUGAAAAGGCUGAAUCGAAAUUAAAAAAAUGUCAUGACGAUUACAAAGCUUUAGUGGAUAAAUAUUUAACGGUCAAAACAGAAUUUGAACAAAAAAUGACGUUAACAUGUAGGCAUUUUCAAGAUAUUGAAGAAGCACACUUAAAACAGAUGAAAGAUUUUUUAAAUUCGUAUUCAGAAGUUAUGCAGUCAAAUCAUGAUUUGGUUGGACAGGUUCAUAGUGAUUUUAAACGGCAGUGCCUAGAGUUAUCUGUAAAUAAAUUAUUAGAGCAGUUUGUGUUAAAUAAGUACACGGGAUUAGAGAAACCAAACAUGGUUGAAGCAGACGAUCUAAAUUUGUUACAAACAACAUCAACGAUAUCAGAAUCAAGUGCUGAUACCGAGAGUAAAGAUGUUGUGUCUGGUAGUGGGGGUGAAGCUAUCAGUCAAUCAAACGCAGCAACGGCCGCACCAGCCCCAGUAAAAACAACAAAGCGUGAAGGUAAACAGACAAGUGAACACGCAAGUCAACACACAAGUCACAGUGUGUCACAAUCAAUGAACAUGAACAACAGUAACAGUGAAAGUGACCCUACAUCAGUGGCACAUGAAACUGUGCAUGCUAACAAGCCGUCCGCGUCCCGCCGUACCACAUCCCUUUUCAAUAUCUUCAUAUCUAAUUCGCAGGGCGGUAGAGAGUGUUCCUCAGUGCCUUCGAGCCCUUCCGCCACUAAAGAUAGUGUGUCAGAUACCUCAACAUUGUCUAAGUCGCUGCGAAGAUCUAAGUGGUUUUUACGCUCCCGGCGUGAUAAAGCGAAAUUCAAAAAAGUGAAAAAGAAGCUGAGUGAAAAUCCAACGGGAAAAGAGGAAUCGACGGAAGUAAGUAUAGAUAAAGAUGAAAAUACAAAAGGACCAGAGGCUAGUAGCGAUUCAAAAACUCCAGAAAAGGAUGAAGAAGGAUUUUGUGCUCAACCUAAUGUUACAGAACUUUGGCAACCAAACAAAGAAAGUUUUUAUUCCAGUUCUGAUUCGGAUACAGAUGACGAAAGGGAGCGUAAAAUUCAUGUGGAAAUCAAACCGUUAAGCAAUGGGAAUGCUCCAAUUUCAGCCAGUGUUGAUGAAUUACGAGCGACCGUUGAAACUCUGUCUCUUUCAGUUGGAACAACAGGUAAAGGUGGUUCAAGCGUUGACAUUCAUGAUAUUAGUAUGAAACGUUCGCAAUCAGUUUCACAACAAUUAUGCGUUGUUAAAAAUAAUGAUCUGUUAGGUUUAAACUUAUUCCAAAGUCCAGCUGCGUCGAAUGCAUCAACACCGACCAGUGGUCAUCCAUAUGCACCGUUACAGAGUCCACCCAUACUACAAAGUCCAACUCAACCGUCAACGACCAGUCAAUCAGUCAACAGUCCAACAUUAUCCAGUAAUUCACGGUAUGCUGAUUUAGGGGAUUUAUUCAAUGAGGUUGGUGAAAUGCAACCGUCUGCAACUUUAACAAAAGUAUCGUCACGGCAGACACCUACUCCAACUAGUUCUAUUGCGUUGCCACGACCUCCAUCUAGAAGAUCUGAUGGUGUAUCACCACGCGGACAUAUGAGUCCGAACUCGAUGUGUCGCGCAGAAAGUGUUGGAAGUUUAGAAUUCCGAGCGGCUGGUGUAUCUGUAGGUGCAUCCAGAGGACCGUCACCAUUAACAAUUGGCAUGACUGACACAAUUCCUAUAGCUGUUGCGUUUCAUGAAAUUGUACAUUCGUAUUUUCGUGGUGCUAAUGAAACAAUGUGUCAAGUUAAAAUGUCUGGUGAUAUGAUGUUAUCAUUUCCAGCUGGUAUUGUGGCAGUUUUAGCAAAUAAUCCGAGCCCAGCAAAAUUAGUUUUUAAAUUGCGAAAUGUAAAUCGUUUAGAUAGUAUUGUUCCAAAUAAACAAUUAGUUACUAUAGAUACAACUCAAAGUACAUCAGAAAUAAUGGUUCUAGAUUUUAUAAUGCCUGCAUUAAACGGACUAUUAAAAAGACAAGCCGAACAAAAUUCAACGGCCUCAUAUUUUAAUGUAGAUAUUGUUAAAUACCAGGUAAAAGCUAAGCAAGGAGCACAAUCGUGUCCAUUUCAAUUAGUCGCGUAUUGGAAAUGUGAAAAAGCACAUACCGAUUUAAAAAUUGAUUAUAAAUAUAAUUCACAUGCGAUGAGUACGCCAUCUCCAUUACUCAACGUGAAGGUUGCAGUACCAAUUGAUGACGCUGUUAAAAAUAUGCAAUCAAAACCCGUUGGACAAUGGCUCGCAGAUUCUACAACUCCAACGAAUCGAUGUGUUCAAUGGAAUUUCACAGAAUUAUCGCAACAUUCAGAAAAUAAUGGUGUAGGUUCAAUUCGAGCACGAUUUGAAUUGGAGAAAGGACCUAGUGCCCAAUCAACAAUAUCAGCACAAUUUAAUUGUGAAGGUACUACAUUAUCGGGUGUAGAAUUCGAAUUAAUUGGACCUGGUUAUCGAGUUUCGUUAGUUAAACGACGCUUUGUUUCUGGAAAAUAUAUUUGUGAUGGUGAAACAAAUGAUUCAAUUCCUAAACCACCACGAAGCAUUUCCGGUGGAAGUGGUGACACGUGAUUUUUUUAUACCAAUAUACCCAUUUAGCAACUUUUUAUUUACCAUUUUUACCAACAUAAUGCGCCUUAAAAAGAAAAACAACUAUAAACCACCUAUCCACACUAAAUGUUUUAAAAUUCUGAAAGGAAUCUCUCAAAACGUGUCUUGGAACCAAAAAAAAUUUUUUUUUUUUAAUAUUUCGUUCAAAAUUUUAUUGAUUUUUUUAAAAAUUUAUUUUUUAUCAAUUUUUAUCCAUGCAAGAAACGCAUUUUCAUACUUCAUUACGUCAUACAAGAUGCUCCGUAAUUAUCGUAUUCGAAAAGCGCAUUAAUUUAGCGAAUAAAAUUCGUUAAAAGAAAGUUUCUUUACAGUUUUUGGAUCCGUUGCACCUACCAUUGACGAGACGUCGUUUUAUCCGUGUUUUCAGGAAAAACUGAAACAUAAACUGAGAAAUAUGACUCUUCCUGACAUCUAUUGACGAGUAGUAAUACUACG